AUGCCACUCUUUAGGUCAUUUUUCUUUCCAACACACCUAGACCACAGUAUCACUGUUAGGCCAGGGUAUCCCUCUCCCCUAUCACUCCUUGGCUACACUCUUUCCUCCACCCUUGUCACUCCUUGGCAACAUUCUCCCUACUGUACUCUUUUCUCUCUCUCUCUCUCUCUCUUUCAUUUUCUUUUCCAGCUCUCUCUCUCUCUUUCAUUUUCUUUUCCAGCUUUCUCUCUCUCUUUCAUUUUCUUUUCCAGCUUUCUCUCUCUUUCAUUUUCUUUUCCAGCUUUCUCUCUCUCUUUCAUUUUCUUUUCCAGCUUUCUCUCUCUUUCAUUUUCUUUUCCAGCUUUCUCUCUCUCUUUCAUUUUCUUUUCCAGCUUUCUCUCUCUCUUUCAUUUUCUUUUCCAGCUUUCUCUCUCUCUUUCAUUUUCUUUUCCAGCUUUCUCUCUCUCUUUCAUUUUCUUUUCCAGCUUUCUCUCUCUCUUUCAUUUUCUUUUUCCAGCUUUCUCUCUCUCUUUCAUUUUCUUUUCCAGCUUUCUCUCUCUUUCAUUUUCUUUUCCAGCUUUCUCUCUCUCUUUCAUUUUCUUUUCCCUUUCUCUCUCUCUUUCAUUUUCUUUUCAGCUUUCUCUCUCUCUUUCAUUUUCUUUUCCAGCUUUCUCUCUCUCUUUCAUUUUCUUUUCCAGCUUUUCUCUCUCUUUCAUUUUCUUUUCCAGCUUUUCUCUCUCUUUCAUUUUCUUUUCCAGCUUUUCUCUCUCUUUCAUUUUCUUUUCCAGCUUUCUCUCUCUCUUUCAUUUUCUUUUCCAGCUUUUUCUCUCUCUCUUUCAUUUUCUUUUCCAGCUUUUCUCUCUCUUUCAUUUUCUUUUCCAGCUUUCUCUCUCUUUCAUUUUCUUUUCCAGCUUUUCUCUCUUUCAUUUUCUUUUCCAGCUUUCUCUCUCUUUCAUUUUCUUUUCCAGCUUUCUCUCUCUCUUUCAUUUUCUUUUCCAGCUUUUCUCUCUCUCUCUCUCUUUUCAUUUUCUUUUCCAGCUUUCUCUCUCUCUCUCUCUCUCUUUCAUUUUCUUUUCCAGCUUUCUCUCUCUCUCUCUCUCUCUUUCAUUUUCUUUUCCAGCUUUCUCUCUCUCUCUCUCUUUUCAUUUUCUUUUCCAGCUCUCUCUCUCUUUCAUUUUCUUUUCCAGCUCUCUCUCUUUCAUUUUCUUUUCCAGCUCUCUCUCUCUUUCAUUUUCUUUUCCAGCUUUCUCUCUCUCUCUUUUUCCAGCUUUCUCUCUCUCUCUCUCUCUCUUUCAUUUUCUUUUCCAGCUUUUCUCUCUCUCUCUCUUUCAUUUUCUUUUCCAGCUUUUCUCUCUUUCUCUCUCUCAUUUUCUUUUCCAGCUUUCUCUCUCUCUCUCUCUCAUUUUCUUUUCCAGCUUUCUCUCUCUCUCACCUUUUCUUUCUUUUUUUUUCUCUUUCUGUUCUAAUCCCUUCCCCACCUUUUCCUUGUUUACCCUUUUCUCCUCAAUUAUAAAUGAUAAAGACCAGAUUUACCUGUCCUUUUGA